UUCGAGCCGCGGACAACUUUUGCUGUUGUUGUUGGAUGUAUAUCCAAAAAUGAACUCACGCGAUCGACAGUUCUGGACGGAGUUUUUAGAGCUUUAUCGUUCACUGCCGGCUGUGUGGAAGGUCAAGAGUCCGGAAUACAGCAGCCGGGCUCUGAAAUCUGCCGGCUACGAGCAGCUGGUGUUGAAGUUGCGCGAGGUGGAGCCGGAUGCUGAUCGCGCUGUCGUGGUUAAGAAGAUCAACUCGUUUCGCACAAACUUUCGUCGUGAUUUGCGCAAACGCGAUCAAUCCAGCGAGGAGGAGCCAUUUGAAUCGACGCUCUGGUACUUUGAGCUUCUGAGCUUUUUGGAGGGACAAGAGGAGAGCAGCUCCUGUCAAAUCCUGCAAAAAGCUAAUAGCCCAGACCUCGAAGUUUUGCCUGAAGUUUUGCGUAAGAAACGUCGCUCUGCAGUCAAGGAUGAAUUUCCUGCUUCACCCGCAGACCAUCAAUUGCGUUCCACUGUGCACCUUCCCGCCUCUCCUCUCCGCUCUCCGACCAACAGGCAGCAGCGGAAGCGUUUGUCCACGCUCUCCGAAUCUGAGGCCCUCGCUCAUACCUGGCUUACUCAAUUCGACGAGCUGGCGCCUAGACAGAAGCUGCUCGCUCGCAAACUCAUCUCUGACGUCCUCUACUACGGCUGCAUGCAGCAGCUGGAGCCCUGCCACGUCGCCCAACUGCAACGGAUGAUGAUGCACCGAAAAAGCGAAUCGCCACAGACGAAUAUGGAGAAAUAUGGCGAAAGCGAAUUUGUGGAUGAGGAUAGUUAGCGAAGGUGUUUGCAGAUUUAGAGCUAUCGGUGAAUAUGACUAUAAAAAUAGCAGGUGAUAAAGACAGUCUAAAUGCUUUAAAAUAUAUUCUAAUUUAUAUAGAAAACCAUGUUUACAUAUAGAUGUAUAGGGAAAUUAAAGAGGGGAGCAUAAAAAUAGGGAGAAAAGCUCAAGUUUACAUAAAUAAACCCUAAAUAACCCUUGUCUAAUAUUUGUUAUUUGUUUUAAAAACCUUAGAAAAUGACUAGAGAAUGUCAUCAUCAAACGAUUUUUCAGUAAAUAAACUCAUAUCUCGUCUAGGAAUCGUUUUUUCGACAUAUGUAUAUAAGUCAAGGUCUAUCAAACAUCUGUUGAAAUGAAUGAAUUAAUCUUUCGCAAUCGGAAAUUGUAGUCGUCAGAGCUUUCUGCUUGUCUGAUAAGACGUUCGAUUAGACCCCAGUUGGAAAACACAAUACACAAACAAAAAGGCAACCUAUAUAUAUUUUUAAUCUCAAUAAAAAUUCUAAACAAUUGCCCAACAAUGGGGCGAAGUACAACAGGAAAUGAAUAAAUAAAUAAAUGAAUGUGCUUGAAAUGGAAAACAAAUUAACAACGUUUAUUGCCAACAUUGAAAGUUGGUCAAUUUGAUUGGAAAACUUACCAACAAAAUCCAAUUGGAGUGCACGAGUGUGUGUGUCCCCUUCCCCACCUCCUAAAUGACACUUUUGCUGAGAUCUUUGCAAGGCAACAACAAAAAAAUGCAAAUUUAUUGGCAUUUAAUUUGCAAGUAAGACAAAGAGAGGGAGAGAGACUGAAAGAGUGGGAGCGGAAGAGACUGCCCGCAUACAGUUACGCUGUACUCGAAAAUAAAAACCAGACUCAGACCCUCAUAAUGUGCACAAACUUUACAACAACAUGAAGAGCGCAAAGAGGAGGUGGCGCAACCACAACAACAAAUUCGGCAUAUAAACGAGCGCAUAAUGAGCUACGUAGAGCCUUCCGCAAUGCUUUAGAUGGAUGGAUGGAUGAAUGAAUGGAUGCGGACGAAACAAACUGGAGAGAACGAGAUAGGGAGACAGUGUGCCCGAGUGAGAGUGGGAGUGAGGCAGCUUGAAAAUAACAUUAAAUGCCUAAAAAUAGUAGCUGCAAACGCUGUGCUCAUAUAUUAAACAAGCCCAACCCUGACUACCCCACCU